GUAAAACACCGCCCAGUAAAGAAAAUGCCAACAGGCCCAACAGCCUUGUCACAUUUUUGAAUGGCACGGCGAAAUAUUCUUGCAAUCGGGGUGCACGAUUCGACACAUACCCACCCAAUGACACAAUUGUUUGUGAGCGGCCAACGGAAUCAAAUGAGUGGACACAGCCCAACUUUGAAUGCAUCAGAAUAACCUAUAACGAACCCUGCAGAAAUGAUUCAGACUGCCUCGAUACAAAUUCUUUCUGUUAUCCUACCAAUACGACUUAUGACAACACAUCUCAAGAUACUGAAAGGGAUUUGAGAUGCACAUGCAAACCUCUGUAUAAGUUCAACCAGACGACAUCAACGUGCCAACCAAUUUCUUUCGAAACUUUCGAUAAUGAAACGUCUAAUGAGUGCUUUAGCAGCACUGGUUGCAGCAUUGAAAACACGAUGUGCGUAGGCAAGCCCAAUACAGACAAUGGAGAGUCUUCUGUGUGCGCAUGUAAACCAGGCUACGUACAAGGCAAUUACAUUCUUCAAUGUAUACCAGUGAACUGUGGACGUCCGCCCGAUAUAAACAACGCCUCAGUGUCCGUCACAUCCACAUCGUACGGUUCUCUUGCCAACUACACCUGCAUUAAUGCCGAUCCACAUAAAGUGUAUGAAUCGCAUAUGCAGUUGCGAUGUCUGGGCGAAGGGUUAUGGUACCAACAAUGGGAGCAACGACGGUUUUAUUGCCUAGUAAAAUGCAAUUCUACACUAGAAAUAGCAAAUGGAAGUUAUACGGGGAAAUGGCGAUAUUACUCCUAUACGUCGUAUGCGCACAGGACGACGUAUUAUGUAGGGUGGGAAGUUGAGUAUGUCUGCAACGCGGACUCUGGACAAACACGUUACACUAAAUGUCAGUUGACGGGCAACUGGGAGCCUAAAGCGCAGUGCGACCAAAAUAGUACAGCUGUUGUAUAAGUUCACUAAAUAGAUAUAGAACCAAAGCAUGAGUAUAACAUUACAAAUUAAUAAAAAAUCAGCAACGAGCGUUUGCAAAUUUCUUUUUAUUUCGAACACCCCACGAGAAGCUUUAAUUAUUUUAUAAUUGUUUCCUGUCUACACUUUUUAUUUAUGAAUAGCAUUUUAUGUUUAUCAACUUCAUAAACAAUAUUAAAACGAAGACUUUUUUCAACAUAGUUUAACCCACACAAUUUAAACGAAUAUGUAUCAUAAUGAUUAAUGAGCCUUAUUAAAAUAUUUUGUUGCUUCAAAAGUGGGAUCCUUUGCACAAGUUUUAAUACUAAAAGAAAAGAAUAAUAAUCUAAACAAAUGGUGAAGUGGUAAUCAUGUGAUUAUUCUCAAAUAAUCUUCAUGCGUGAGGAAAACGUUAAGAAUGCAAAUUGCAAGUAUUGCGACGUCUGUUUCUCGAAAUAUACAGAGUGCUUCUUUAACUCAAAACCAUAGUGCCUUCGUGAAUAUAAAAAUGCGGCACACUAACGUUUCAUGUAAAACAGUUUUCCCUUCUGAGAGUAAUUAUAUUGACAUUUUCAUCAGAUACAAAAUAAACAAAUAUCCUUUGAAAGAAAUCAAUCAUCACAACAACAAA